UGCUAUUGAUAAACUAAUCUGAAAUAUCAGGGUGGGUUACGCCCCUCCCCCUAAAUCCGUCAGGGGGGUGCAAAAGUCCUGCCGCCCCUCCCCCCUGUGCAUUAUAAUUGACAGUUGAACAUCAAAUGUUGAAAUGAUCAUUGAAUAGCAUAGCAUGUAACGUAUAACAUAGCGCAUUUCCUAAUUUUUUGCUUAAAUAAAUAUUUCAACUCGUACUCAAAUAUUUUUAUUCUUUAGCUUAUAAGUUCAACGGCAUUUCAAUUAGUUGAAAUUUAAUACACAUACGUACUGCUUCUACUGCAUCUAGUCACCUAGUGUUUUACUCUUCGAAAACAAAAUUUGCACUUUUCAGUCAGCUGUUUUUUGUAUUUAUAUUUUGACGGUAUCACAACACUAAACUCAAGGUUUCGUAUACAAUCCCCCCCUCUCCGUCUCUCACUGUACCCCCCCUCUUUAAACCUCGUAAACUGAACACAUAACGAGAGCGUACGGCACAGACGAAAAUAUGUGAUAUUACAAAAGCUAACAAAGAUGUCUGGUAAAAAGUGUAAAAUAGACGAAAUAUGUGUAAAAGUUGAAAUAUCUUUGGAUGAUAUGCUUGUAGUUAAAUACACAAAUAGUGAUAAUAAAACAUUUCAAGGUGUUCUGUUGGAUUCUACUAAUAGAGCUAGUCCGUUUGGAAUUUUACCGAAAGGAGGAUUUGCAAAUAGAUUGGUGCUAGAUAAUCCUAGGGACUAUGUUCAAGAACCUGUAAUAGGGGCAGCAGACCCUUAUCCUUCUCUUAGUCGACGUCACACCUAUUUUCAAGAUGGUAAAGUUGAGAAGCCUCCGAUCUUAGUCCCUUCAGGGAAAAGCUCCAAAUCAUUUCUUGUUGGCGAGCGCGCUGGAGGACGGCUUGGUGUGCGUCUCCGCGCGCGUCAAGUUUUGUGUAGUAAAUGCUCAUCUGUUUGUAAUGAGAAAGGGGAGAAUGUUCGAGAAACGUCUAGAAAGGAGAAAGAAAAUCGGGGAGCUCCUCUUCCCAAACCCAGCAACAAUCUAAACCUAAAAAAUAAUUUGAAAGAUCUAUGCCGCGUAGUCCAACCUGAAUUCAAGGAACCUCCCCCUCGUUUGAACCCCCAAAAUUCCAAACCUAAAAAUCCAAUCGCGGUCGAAACUUCUGGAAAAUCCUCCAAAGCUUUCAAAGGAAGGCGCAAGAAGGGAACAGUUGCGCAGAACUCUGAGGUUGAAGCCUCGGAGCCGGAGGAUGGAAAGAAGAAGAAAAAGAUUUCAGGAAUUGCCUCCUCUGGGGCUGCUGUAACUGCUAGAAGAUUUGACUUGGUUCCAAAAGUCCGCAGACUCGCCAAAAGUGAAAUAGAAAAGUUUUCAGAACCAGGAGUUUUUAAGGAAUUACAGUCAAGCAAUAGGAUUGAAAGUGAAAUGCGGAUAUCUAUUCCGGAACCGGAAGCUCGGAUAUCUGAACCGGAAACUCAAGUGACCUCAACCAGUGAACUAAGUCCUGGCAGUCAGGUCUCCAGCUCAGCUGAUACGGUCAACCAGCCUCUUAAAAUCAGAUUUUCCAAUGUUGGGAAACAAAGAAGGAAAAGUGCCAAUGUAGCAAUUCAAUAUAGCAUCAUUAAACCUAAAUCAGGUAUUAUUGUUGUUGUUGUCGUAGUUGUUUUCGUUGUCGUUGUCGUUGUCGUUGUCGUUGUCGUUGUCGUUGUCGUUGUCGUUGUUGUUGUCGUUUUCGUUGUCGUCGUCGUUGUCAUUUUCGUUGUUGUCGUUGUCAAUGUUGCCGUUGUCAUUGUUGUUGUCAUGGAUGUUGGUGAACUGCAGGUUAUAUUCCCUGCCCGGAGAUCUGGAGAAUAUCGUGUGACCCUGUGGGUUGGAGGACGGGAGGUUAGAUCUAGUCCUUGGGUUAGAUAUGUUCUACCCAGGGCACCUCAUCCACCUUCAUGCAAGGUUAUUGGAGCUUGGGGAGUAGGACGAGGACUGGUAGUUCAGUCUGGAGGUCCUUCUCAGUCCUUACUCCAGAUCAGGGACGAGUUCGGGAACCCGGUCAACUGCUCCAGGGAGGACUGUGAGAAUGUCAAGAUUGAGAUUAUAUCUGCCUCAUCCUCUUCAUCCUCCUUACCCUCUUCAUCCUCCCCUUUCUCCAGUUCUACAGCAUCCUCCCCUACGACCUCUGUGACAAUGUCUCCUGGAGUAUCGGAGAUCUCACUCUCUGCACAAUUUCCUCAGGAAUGUGUUGGGUCGCAUCCUCUGCUUGUUAAGUACAAUGGACUGGUGGUAGCUAGGGUACAAAUACUUGUCGUUUCAUCAACAACAAUUACAGAUAUCAAGGAGAGAAUACUACAUGAAUCAACUAGUUCAUAUUAUGAAAUGAAUCUCAUUAGGCUAGCAGGAUGUGUACAAUCUAAACCUAGAACUGUGUACGUGUUCAUGAAGGAAAAGCAGGUUGUGGUGAAGGAAUAUCUUCUUAAGUUUAUUCCUCGAAAGAUAGUCUCAUUCGGAGUUAAUUCCAAGGUGAGGGUUAAUUAUAAUAUAUGUGUUCUCGAAAAUUGUUUAAUCUCUCAAUCUGGUAUACAUGGAGCUGAUAUUGUUCUAGCAGGAGAAGCAGCACUAAGGUUGGCUGCAGAGUAUUAUCUGAUUCUAUCCCGGAGAAUGGGAGAGACAGAAACCUUCGCAGAGAAACAAGAUCAUUUCUACGCUGCUCUGAACAAACAUCACGCAGAGAAAUGUCAUAAACACGCCAGGAACAUAUUUACAAUUCCUUCGGCAACAAGAUACUAUCUAGAAUCUGACUGGGCCAGAUUGUUUGAUAUAAAAUUUGAUGGAGAGGCUGGGCAAGACCAGGGUGGGUUACGAAGGGAAUGGAUGGAGUUAAUAACUAGGUUUAUGUUUGAUGCUAAGAAUGGAAUGUUUAUCCCUCUAGAAGAGAAUGGUCCUGGACUUCAACCGAAUCCGUUUCCUCCAAACCAUAUUAAACUUAAACACUACAGGCUUGCAGGCAAAUAUCUGGUUUACAGUAGACCUCUGCCCUGGGGGAGCAUUCAAGGUAGGAGAGCAGGAAGCAGGUUUACAGUAGACCUCUGCCCUGGGGGAGCAUUCAAGAAUGUUACUGAGAGUAAUAAACAGGAGUAUAUUCAGCAGAUGUCCAGAUAUCUGAUGGUUGACAGGAUCAGUAAACAGAUGGAGGCGUUCAAUGAAGGAGUUCAGACUCUGGUUCCUCCUGAGCUAUUAACUCUAUGGGAUGAGUAUGAACUUGAACUUCUACUGUGUGGUAUUCGACAAUAUAAUCUAGAUCAGCUCAAGGAUAAUCAUGCUAUAGUUGGAAUUCAAACUCUCAGAUUCUCUCGUAUCCUGAAAUGGUUUUGGGAAGCUUUAUCCCACUUCUCUAACGAGGACAUGGCUCGGUUUGUCCAGUUUGUAACAGGAUCCUCACUUCUACCUCCAGGUGGUUGGUCUGAGCUCUCUCCCAUCCUGCAGAUUAGUCUAGGAGGAGAGAAGGGUAGUUUACCAACCUCACAUACCUGUUUCAACCUCCUGGUUCUCCCGGAUGCAGAGAACUACCAGGAGCUGGAAAGGGUUCUAAUCCUAGCGCUCAGGGAGGGGAGUGAAGGCUUUCUUCUCGCUUAGACGUCUCUCACACAACAGUUCGUUUUAUUUACAGGAAAUUGCAGGAUUUUUCAUCAAAGAUGCAAUACAACAACCAGAAAGUAAAUUCUCGUGACAA